AGGAGGGAGGCGGAGGAGGAGGAGGCGGGAGGCGGGGGGAGCCCGCGCCGGCCAUGGCCGCCACCGCCGCCAACCCAGAAAUGGCAUCAGAUGUUUCCUCCCUGGGUGCAGCUGUCAGCUCUGGGAAUCCUGGACCAGGUACACAAGCUGGAGGAGCCAUCGUUCAGAGAGCCAACAAGAGGCGCCCUGGGCUUGAUUUUGAUGAUGACGGAGAAGGGAACAGUAAAUUCCUCAGGUGUGAUGAUGACCAGAUGCCAAAUGACAAAGAGAGAUUUGCCAGGUCUGAUGAUGAACAGAGUUCAGCGGAUAAGGAGAGACUUGCCAGGGAAAAUCACAGCGAGAUCGAGCGCAGGCGAAGGAACAAGAUGACUGCCUACAUCACAGAGCUGUCAGAUAUGGUGCCCACCUGCAGUGCCCUGGCCCGUAAACCGGACAAGCUCACUAUUCUGCGCAUGGCUGUCUCUCACAUGAAGUCGCUGCGUGGCACAGGCAAUACCUCCACUGAUGGCACCUACAAACCCUCCUUUCUCACUGACCAGGAACUCAAACACUUGAUCCUAGAGGCAGCCGACGGCUUUCUGUUCAUAGUGUCCUGUGAGACUGGGAGGGUGGUGUAUGUCUCCGAUUCCGUGACUCCUGUCUUGAACCAGCCCCAGUCUGAAUGGUUUGGCAGCACCUUGUACGACCAGGUACACCCAGAUGAUGUGGGCAAACUGAGGGAGCAGCUUUCCACGUCGGAGAACGCGCUGACAGGUCGCAUUUUAGAUUUAAAGACGGGGACUGUCAAGAAGGAAGGCCAACAGUCCAUGAGGAUGUGCAUGGGUUCACGAAGGUCUUUCAUCUGCCGAAUGAGGUGUGGCAACAGUUCAGUGGAUCCAGUCUCUGUAAAUCGUCUCAGCUAUAUGCGGAAUCGCUGCAGGAAUGGCUUAGGUGCAGCAAAAGAUGGUGAACCUCACUACGUCGUGGUGCACUGCACGGGUUACAUAAAAGCCUGGCCUCCUGCAGGUGUUUCAUUGCCUGAUGAUGACCCGGACGCUGGCCAGGGCAGCAAGUUUUGCCUUGUGGCUAUUGGCAGACUCCAGGUCACUAGCUCGCCCAACUGCACAGACAUGAACAAUGUUUGUCAGCCAACGGAGUUCAUCUCUCGGCACAACACUGAAGGCAUUUUCACCUUCAUAGAUCACCGCUGUGUGGCUACUGUUGGCUACCAGCCGCAGGAGCUUCUGGGGAAGGACAUUGUAGAUUUCUGCCACCCAGAAGACCAACAGCUUUUGCGAGACAGCUUUCAGCAGGUGGUGAAGUUAAAAGGCCAGGUUCUGUCAGUCAUGUUCCGAUUCCGAUCCAAAAACCGGGAAUGGCUCUGGAUGCGAACCAGCUCCUUUACCUUCCAGAACCCCUACUCGGAUGAAAUUGAGUACAUCAUCUGUACCAACACCAAUGUCAAGAAUUCAAGCCAGGAAUCUCGGCCUGCCUUGUCGAACUCAAUGCAGAGGCCCCAGCUGGGGCAGAGCGUCAGUCUUCCCCUGGAGAUGGGCACAGCACAGCUGCCCUCAAGGCAGCAGCAGCAGCCGACGCAACAGACAGAGCUGGAAGUGGUCCCAGGAAGAGAGAGCCUAUCUGCCUACGACCACUCACAGGUUCCUGUUCAGCCUGUGACUGCUGCUGGCCCAGAGCACAGCAAGCCGUUGGAGAAGGCAGAGAGCCUGUUUAAUCAGGAGAGGGACCCAAGGUUCAGCGAAAUCUACAGCAGUAUCAAUACAGACCAGAACAAAGCCAUUCCUGCCAGCACAGUGCCUGCCAACCAAACCCUCUUUCAGCAGGGAAAUGCUUUCACCCCCACACGACCUGCAGAGAACUUUAGGAGCAGCAGCAUGGUACCUCCUGUGAACAUUAUCCAGCAGCAGCCUGCAUCCGCGGGCCGGAUCUUAGCACAGAUUUCGCGCCACUCCAACCCCGCCCAGGUCAGCGGAACCAACUGGGCUCCAGGGACGCGGCCAGCGUUCACACCUCAGCAAGUGACAUCCCAGACAGUGAAGACUCGGCCCCCUUCGUUUGGUCUGGGAACUUUCCAAAGCACGCCAUCCUCCUUCAGUCCUAUGGCAGCCCCUGGAUCUACAGCUUCCCCCAGCGGGCCUGCUUAUCCAAACCUUGCUGGCCGCGGCACAGGCUUCACCACGGAGACGGCGCAGACCCCUGCCCCCUUCCAGACGCGCGCGGCCGAAGGCGUGGGGAUGUGGCCGCAGUGGCAAGGACAGCACCACGGCCCGGCCUCCGGGGAGCAGCACGUGCCGCAGCCGCAGCCGAGCCAGCCUGAGGUCUUCUCAGACAUGCUGACAAUGCUGGGAGACCAGGGACCCAACUACAACAACGAAGAGUUCCCAGAGUUAAAUAUAUUCCCUUCUUUUUCAGAAUAAAAUAAGCCCUAGGGAAAGUAAAAAUAUAGCUAUAUAUAAUACCUAUGUGUAAAGGAAAACACCUAAGUCUUUUUUUCAAAGACUGCUGAACUUUCUAAACACUUCCUACCUUCUGGAGGCGAAACUCUGCCCGAGAGGCCCGGAGGAUGGACGGCCCGCGCGGAAGGAGGACGCUGUGGCUGUGGGCACCUCCUCUGUACAGCACUGGCAGUGGGGACUGUUCGCCUGGACGCUUCAGGACUUGGGUGCAGCUGCACUCACUGACCGAAGUCCCCGGUGUUUGCAGACCGCUCGUGAGCGGCUUUUGCUCUGCGCACUGGGUUGGUAGGAGGGAUUCCUGCCUGGAUUACAGGCAGCUCCCCAAAUCCAUAAAGUGGCUUUUACUGUUUUUAUUUUAGUCUUCUAUACCGUGACUCUUUUGUAUCAAACACAAAACAAAGCAUUGUAACUUUUUAAGUGUUGGAAGAAACUCUUCCAAGUGUUUAACCCUGUAUGACGCGAUUCUGGAGGAUGCUGGGGUAAGAAUCCUUGCGAUCAGGCUUUCCGGUUGGGAAUCACCCCUUAAAGGAAGCUUUGACAUCUCUGGAGGGUUUUUUACUGCAUCUCCCUUCUGGGGUGUUUUAUUUAGAGAUUCCCGUGUGUGCAGGUGCGUUACUGUUUUUUGGAUCCCGUCUCUUUGUGAACUGUGCAAUGAAUAUGGGCCUCUGUUGUCAGUGUGACCUAUAAACUCCCUCGGGGCCCUGUCGUUCGUGUGAAUGACAGGGUAGUUACGAGCCAUAAAAAUAUUACGUAUGUAGCUUUGUUCUCAACGCAUCAGUUUUACAGCUGAUGGUUUCUGUGCUGCCAUAGACCAAUGUUUCAGCAGGCUUUUUGUCAGCUUGAGGGGAAGGAGGGAGGGAAAGAAAACCUGCCCUGCACUUCCCAAGCAAUUCUACCACUUCUAGGUCGACCUCCUCACCUUCGUUUCGGAGCUGGACAUCCGAGAUCCCUUGACAGAGAGGCCCCCCCCGGUUCCUUCGGGGGCCUGCUGAGGAAUUGCGUUUUUCAGGACAUGCUCCCAACGGCUCUUAAAAUUCACGGUCCCCCUGAAGAAAUUCCUCCUGCCAUACGACGACCCUGUUGCCAAAUCACAAAAUGGAGGAGAGCAAGGGAAGACGGGGAACAGAAUGAUUUCUUCGUAAACCUGGACUCUGAAUCUGCUGGCUUCCUCCAUGGAAAAACUUGUGGCAAAUCUCGCCCUCCUCAGGGUGUGGAGGGGCUGGAAGAACAGUCUGAUUCCCCCGCGAUGGCGGGACUUGCUUGAAUUUCAGCAGGAAAACUCGUUCGCUGCCGAGUUUUGACUCGGAAAGGAACUUGGUGCAACUGCAAAGGGGGGAAAAGAACAGGAAUCUUCCUUGGAAACCUAGUUUUGUUCUGGAGAAAGUCUGUUGGGAAUCUCUCCUCCUGCCCUAGGACGGCUGCAGUGUUUUCACCCACCCGGAGCAGUUUGAUUUUUCUUUCUUUUUUUCCCUGUUUUCUCCUGCUUUUGGUAGAAAAUGAAGAUUUGAAGCUUUUUUCCAAAGUUUCAAACGCUGCUUCCAAAUUCACAUAUGGGAAGUUGGGAACCUCCCCUGAGGGAGUCUGCAGCUAUCCCUGGAUCCAUCCUCUUUUUUUUUUUUUUUUUU